GAAGUUGAAAAACAAGAUCAGAAAAGAAAACACAAGUAGAACUUGAACUGGAAUUGGCGUAUUUCACCAAAGUAAGACUUUGGGGUGGGUGGAUGGGAAGAAUACAGACCCAAGAAGGAUGGCAGAGGACCUAAUUGGGUUUGUAUUGUUAUAUGGGAAACUGGGAAAUGUUAUGCAUGUACAAACUAUUGUAUUUACUGUUGAAUGUAAAACAUUAAUUCCCCAAUAAAGAAAUUAAAAAAAAACUUAUGAUAUACAUUUAGCUAAAAGACAAGAAGUAAAAUAAUCUUUGCUAUUCUAAUCUCUAGCACCACAAAUUUAUCUUUUUCUAACCUACAUAGUCCAAAGAACUUCUAGUAUUCAUAACUCUGCUAAUAAAAAAAUAAAAAAAUAAACUAGGGUGGUCCAGGAGGUGGCACAGUGGAUAAAGUACUGGACUCUCAAGCAUCAAGUCCCAAAUUCAAUCCCUGGCAGCACAUGUACCAGAGUAAUGUCUAGUUCUGUCUCUCCUCCUAUCUUUCUCAUUAAUAUUUAAAAAAAAAAAAAACUAGUGAAAUAGUCCAGAGGAUGUGGGGUGUGGACUGACUCUGAACUACCUCCACUUAGAAGUUCUAAUCCCUACCCCAACCCAAGAAUGACACCAUAAUGUAGUCCUCUCUGACAUAAGCUGGUAACUCUGCUUGCCACAUAAUCAGUACCCUAAGCUCUGCUAGCAGUGGUUUGUGGGUGAUACAUUGCCUUCAAUGCAAAAAUGUACCUAGUUGCAGUCACUGCCUUUACCACCACCAGCAGCAUAGCCUGAGCUGAAGGAAACCAGUCAUUAUCCAGCAGACUUCUUUCAACAAUCUAUUAAAACAUGUUGAAUUACUAUGAAGUUCUAGGAGUGCAGAGAUAUGCUUCACCUGAGGACAUUAAAAAGGCUUAUCAUAAAGUGGCACUAAAAUGGCACCCUGAUAAAAAUCCAGAAAAUAAAGAAGAAGCAGAGAAAAAAUUCAAAGAAGUAGCAGAGGCCUAUGAGGUAUUAUCAAAUGAUGAAAAACGGAACAUUUAUGAUAAAUAUGGUAAAGAAGGACUAAAUGGUGGAGAUGGAAAUCAUUUCGACAAGUCUUCUGAGUAUGGCUUCACACUUCAAAAGUCAAGUGAUGUUUUUAAAAAAUUUUUUGGUGAAAGGGACGUAUUUUCAUUUCGUUUCUUUGAAGACUCACUCGAGGACCUUUUAUAUUGUCCAAGAAGUUCCUACGGAAGCAGAAGCAGAGGUGCAAGGUCCUUUUUCUCUACCUCCAGUGAAUAUCCAGUUUUUGAGAGGUUUUCUCCAUAUGACACAAGAUAUACAUCAUAUAGUUCACUGGGCCAUGAAGGCCUUAAUUCAUUUUCUUCCCUGUCAUUUGAUGACAGUGGGAUGGGUAACUACAUAUACUUUUCUGAAUUUACAACUUCAGGCAAAGCUGCUAAGAGUAGAAAUACCCAUACAAGCAAACAUACUGAAAAUCAUCAAGAGAUAGAAGUUGAGGAUGAUGAUGAACUGAAGUCCUUCCUUAUAAAUGGCAUGACAGAUGAUGAGGGCUCUAUAGAGGAAUGCUGCUGGAGAAGACAGCCAUUCAAUUAUUCACCAAAGUGCUACUGUCCCAAACAUGUAUCUCACUGUACUUUUAUGAACACUGAUCAGCAUCGUAUGCCUUGGGUCACUAGCACCUGGGAUCCCUAUCUUUUUUCAGCAGGACUCAAAGAAGGUGGUAAGAGGAGAAAAAAAAAGCAUAAAGAGGUACAGAAGAAGAAGUCAACCAAAAGGAAUCGUUAAAUUGACUCAUCAGACGCAUUAUGUUCAUAUAACAUUUGAACCCAA